UUUUGUCAGACACAAACAAACAAAAACUUGUUUACUGCAGCAAAGGAAUUUUCUUUACCAAAAUAUUUUAAUGAAAUUUAAUGUGUUUAAAGAGUUUCAAUUAGUGCUAACUAUUUUUAUUGGUGGAUUAAGUGUUUUGGGUUUCUUUAGAACUAUCCCUGCCUGGUAAAAGUUGAAGUCGCAUAUGCCAACAGAUGAUAUUUCUUUGUUUGUGAUUAUUAUUUACGAAUGUGUUUAGUUGCCAAAGAACAAUAAAAAACACAAUCGUUAUGAAAAUCUAAUUCUACGAUUGUUUUCUGGUGUGUUCACAUAGUGAUAGAAAAUUUGUUGGUGUAAAAAUGCCUCCAGAAAAGAAUAUUAUUACUAAAACCUGGGAAAGAUUGGACGAUGACGUCAUCAUCAAAGAAGUGGCCACCAUGGGUAAACACGUCAAUCUUUGCAUCGCCUUUCUGGCCCAACGUAACGAGCUAUCCCACAGCGAGGCAACCAAUUAUUUUCUGCAGAAGGUUAACGCGUACGUCUACCGGUUGCUCUCGAACCGUCAGCUUCUCAAGGCGGAACAAAUCCUAACCAACAUCGACCGUGUCCCCAAGUAUGUAUUCUACCAGAUCGCGGAAGAAACCAGUGAUCACAGUUUGAGGGAUUUUAUUCGUGAACAUUUGGCCCAAACGAUUGAACAUUACUCCAGCGGUGCCGGCGGGUCCAGAGAAGCCGUUGAAGAUAGCAGUGAAGGUCGGCUGAUUGAGGCCAAUUGGAGAGUCUACUGCCUGUUGAAGGCAAACGUGCGCCAGUUGGCGGAUUUGCUGCAGCAGCUGGACAGUGAAUACAGUGUGCUAGAGGUGGAAACCAUGUCAUUCAAUACCUUUUACACCAAGGAUGAGGUGUACCGGAACGCUGUGGCGCUGGAUUUGUUCUUCAAGAAUCAAGAAACGGAAAUCUCUCCACUGCUGGACAAAUACGCCGUGUGGAACUAUCUCUUGCGGAACAAUAUAGACAAUCUGGUGAAAAUAUGGAUUCAGAUCAAUGCGUGCAUUCGUUGGUCUCCGGAGUUAGCGAGGAACGCCACGUCCAAAGAGUUGUCCAAGAUAAAGAUCGACAUCUACGACGAUCCGCGUUUCAACGAACGCCUGCGACAGUUGUUCCAGCGUUGGGAAAUCAAUGACUUCAUGGUUUCUCAGCUAUCCAGCCAACGAAGUAUGUGCCGAAACGAUGUUCUGCUCAACGCGUUGGCCACGUGUGGAAAAUUUGUGGAUCAUGAGCGAGAGGAUUCGCAGUUGGUUCUGCGUAGACUGUUUACGACACAGACAUUAGCAGUGAAUAUGGAGGUGAUCCAGGGCAGGCAGUUCCAGGAGGGCUUUACAAAGUAUUUAGUGGAAAACAGUUUAUUUCAGCUGUUCGAUCUGAGUGUAGUCAACGAAGAAGGCCUACGAAAUUUGAGUACGGAUGAAAACUGUGAUACAAGGAGAGAAGUAGAGCUGUAUUUGUUUUUAAAUGAACUUAAAAAUAGUGGUAUUAGUAAGGAUGAUCUUCUUAGGAUUUCUUGCAAAGUAUCAGAAUAUUUGUGUAAUUUCGAGCAAAGUUUUUACGAGCAAAAUCCAAUUAUAUUUCUAUUUGAAUAUUUUCUUAAUCCGGAUCAUAAAACUUAUCCAGAAAAGGAUCAACGGCUUUGGAAGCUGCCUCAUUUGAAUAGCUUUAUCAAUAGGCUUCAACACAAUCCGGUAUCGUCGGUUUCUACGAAAGAAUUGCUCGCAUUGCAUGAUCUGCCCUGUCUGGAAACGAUACGCAACAACCUUUUCAACAUUCGCAACGGCGACGAAGAAGACAAAGAUGGAAGUCUUGCGAAAUAUGCCAUCAUCAAAGAAUACGGUUCAAUACCCCACUUUAAUCAUCCUAUCCUUUGCGAAAAAUAUGGCACACCAACGAAUCUUAAUUAUCUACAUUACGUUCAACAAUAUCGUUCGUGCUAUGCUCUCUACCUAUUUUAUCUGGAUCAAUUGAGGUGCUACUCCCGAAUAACGCCUCCACAGAUAAACCUAGCGGCGCGAUCAGCUGCAGAAAUAGCCGUCGACCACUACCAAGAUUCAAAUCUUGUCACGCAUUGUGUCGCAUUCAUCGAAAUGUUGGGAAUCGAUAGCGCCAAGACACGAGCCUACGUGCGAUGCCUGAACAUGGUCCCGAAGACAAGCGAUUUGGCUAAGGUAUCAACGCAAGAACUGUUGGAACGAUGUGAGGCUGUAGUUGUUGAUAGAAACUUGGAUGAUCCAGAACUUUUGCUAGAUUUGGAGGCAAUGACCACGUUGUGCCGAAGUAGCGCAUUGAAGUAUCCGGAGCAAUUAAUUCGGCGACUGCUGGACGACAACGAUUGGUUUCGGUUCUUGUUGAUUGUAGAGUAUCUCGACUAUCCAUGCGAUCAAGUGCUGGAUCUGUGCCAAAGUGGUUUCUGCGAUAAAAAUAUUGGAAGCAACGUGAUAAGAGCAAUCAAGUACUACGUUGAAACGGUUCAGCAUCGACGGAGUUCCUCACCUACGCUACUUCAGAGAAAACCAUCUCGGAGAAGAAGAAAGGUUAGCAGCGGUGCAGCACAAUUAGACAGUUACUCGAGCGUAUCGAGUGAAAGUGACAUCCAAUCCGGACAACAACGGGGUCAUAUUCCGAAUGAAACAUCGCUCUAUGACGGUGCACAAUUUUUAUGUGAGGAGUACAACCAAGAUCUCUUUGCCACGGUGCUAUUGUGUUCUAGAAAGACCAACAUCUGCGCCCGGGUCGAUCAUCAGGAAUCAGUGCUUCCCGUCUUGUUGGAUUACGACAGCUUUAAGCGUUUGACCUUGGGUGGAUUAACUAACACGGAUACGUUCGUAAAUCUAUUAAAACAAGCGGUUCAACUCAAAUGGCCACUGCUCGCCGUACUGGCAGGCAUGACAGCAAAUGCAAAUCUACGAUAUUGCUGGAUCACUUGGUUGAUGAUAUCGGUUGAGUAUCCGUAUCACAGCAAGAUGGAAAAUGUCUCGGAAGAUCUGCUAGUACAAGACCUUGUAGUUUACUGCGUAGAAAAAGGACUCGUUCAAGCUCUGCAGAACAGCGUGAACAUAUUUUAUCCAGACUAUAACUUCAGCUUACUUGUACAAUAUCUCCUAGAAACCUAUGCACUAAACUUUUCUGAAGAAACUACAGAACUGCUGAAAAGUUUUUUGCACAACGCCUUCAAAUGCCCUUUGUUGCAGCUCGCAAAACUCGACUCAAUGAACUUCACCGCAAAGUUGUUAACUUUACACCUUGACAACAACUUUGUGUCUUUCUAUUAUCGAGUCAAGCUACUGAAGUCUUUAGUUGAUUCAGACAUCAAUUAUUUUACACAUAAAAUUGACUACAACACACUGCUGACUAUCAGUGAAAUCAUUCAGCACUCCACGGUAAGGGUUGAAUUCAUCAAGUUUUACGAUUGUCCGGAUAAACUUCAAGAAGAGUAUGAAACCCUCUGUGAAAGACUUGUCGCUGGGAAGUUUUACAAGGCUGCUAUUGAUAUUGCAAACUUGUUCGAUUUUCCAAAAGCUACGAUCAUCUUUGACCAUUGGGUUAACGAGUUUGAUCUCCAUGGAGCGUGUGAUUUCGAGCAAUAUCAGGCAGAUGUCAGGCGUUAUGGUUUCGCUCCGGAAGUUCUGCUCAAGUUCUACGUUCACAUUGCACACCGGCUAAAUGACAGUGACCCCAAGAGAUAUAUGCUGCUGAGGAAAACACUAGACUUGAUUAACGAAUGUGAUUUGUACCCGAGCGAAAUGUUCGAUCGCGAUCGUUUGGAGUACGAAUUGGCGGUAGCCUACGUUCGAUGUUCUCAAGAACCAUCAACGCUUGAUCUAUAUCAUUCGCAUUUCUACAACACCACGUUUACUCGCGAUCGCUGCGUUCUAUAUCACACCUUCUUGGAAUUGAAAGAGGUAGCCGGAAUCAACGACCUAACCAUCUCGAGUCUGAAGCUGAUCGAUCCGGGCGAAAUCAUGCAGCUUGACAAUCUUAUCUGCCGGUUACUGGAGAAGGGAGACAUUGUGCAGGCCUUACGUUACCAGGCGAUUUUCGAUCAGCGACCCAACGAUCUGCACUUUAUCGUAUUCUGCAUGGCCCUGGCCGAAUCGUUGGUCAGCUUGUACAAUCUCACCAAGGAAGAGCGGCUCAUGUUGAAUGAAGAUUUCAAACGAGCCUCGAAUCGUUUUCAACGGCGUACGUUGCGAUCCAGCAGGGUAAGCCAAAGCUCGGGCAACAACUCAUGGAUCAGUUCACCGCUGAAGGUUAAUGCGAACGAUUCGUUGGACACCAGUGCCGGAGCGUCAGAGUUCGAAGAAGUGCCAUCUCGCGAGAGGCAGGACAUUUAUGAAGCGAUCAAUGGUCUAGGUGUUCAGAUACUAUACGGCCAAGAAAUAGCCCAAAGAAUUGUGCUUACUUACCGCAUUGCGAUGUAUCUAGAUAAAGACUACAACGAAAUCCUGAAAAUUCGAGAUACGAUAGGAUUUCUCGCUGAGGUCAUUCAGGAAGACUGCAUCCACAAGCUGGAGGUUAUCAGCGACAUAAUGACAUCGCACAGACUAAAAGACGAGGUUGUCUCCAAAUUCCUGUCGAAGGAAAUCGCCACCGCAGUGGUGAAUUCCAAGUUCUAUCUGCUGCAGCAGGGAUCACCGGUCGUCAACACGAAACCGAUAGAAGAACUUCUGUGGGGCUACAAUAUCGAUCAAGACUUUCACUUGUUUCUGGAACUCGCACCAAACACAACCAUGCUAGGCAAUUGUUUGCUAAAGUAUUGCGAUGCCAUCAAACAGUAUAAGCGAAUGGAGAAGUCACCGGAACGUAAAUCGGAAUCCGAUGACUCGGAUUCUGGUAGAGCAGAUCCGGAAGUUCUAGAGAAACUGAGAUCAAUCUUUAAAGGUCAAAUUUUAUCCCUUAAAAAACAAAACACUAUAAUCGUGGCGCUGCUGGUGAAGGCUCAUGAUUGCUUUGUACACGAGUGUUCCGUAGAAGGCAUUGUCGAAGUUCUACAACGCUGCAAAGCACUCAACUCUAUUCUAACUGCUGCAAAAUCAUGGAAUUUGAUCGUAAAGCUACUUGUAGGGAUCGGACGCUAUCGCGAGAUGUAUUACUGUUUCGAAACGCUAAUAAAAAACGACCAGUUCGAGUCUCUGCUGGGCCAGUUCGAUGAGAAGCACACAAACGGCCUCAAAACUGCCAUAAUUUCGUACCUCAAUGAACGCUGUCCGGAACAGAAGGAAUUCUUCCGACUGGCCGCGCUGCAUUUUCUUAUGUAUAAAGAAAUAGCGGAACUGUGGGAGACGGAAGCAAAGUCCACGAUUGCCAAGGUAUUGUCUACACACGAGAAAUCAGCUACCAUGAGUGGAAGUCCCAGGGCAGGUUUCCCGCGGUUGUCGUGCUCGCCCGCAGUGUUAUCCGAACUGAAUGGAGCUAUGGAAUCGUACAUGCAUGCAGCGGAAAAUUAUCUGCUGGACAACAAGAUGAGCUUGGCACAGAAAACUGCUUCAAAUGCAGAAUUGGUUGCGUUGCAGAUUUGCUUGGUAAACCAAGCACUGGCCGAAAAAACUGGUUCCGGUGAGGAGCAACGGUUUUGUUUUUCGGUGCUAAAUAUUAAAGAUCCGGAGUACUUCGUGUACAAUGCAUUAAGUGUCCCGCAAGCGCUCAUCGUCGCCAGGACGUACGAUAGCGAAAUCAACUGGACCACGGCCAUCUACCAGCAUUGUAUCGUCGGUGGCAACUCCAGUUAUCUCGAAGAUUACCUGGACCGAAUGCCGCUGACAGAUGAUAUGGUCGAAGUUCUCGUCAAGAAGUUCCAACAGGAACCGCGCGUCACUCCGGAAAUGGAACGUUCCAUCGCCGGGCUGGUUGAUUUGGUUGAAUCAGUAACAUUGAAGUACCGACUGGCGUCGCUGCUGGGAUUGAAACGAACCAUUAACGAACUGAUCAAUGAAAAUAGUUUCUACUAUCUUAAGGAUUGUGAUUACGGUCGAAACGAGCCCACCGUUGGUGGUAGUUGAAUGUUUCUUUAUUUUAAUUUCCUUUUUGUAUUGUUUUUAAAAAACGAGUAUUACAAAUAUAUUGUUUUAAACAA